AUGGCGUACCACUUAUUCAAAAGGCUACAAAAAGCCAGCACGUCCAAAGAGAGCAAACCGAAAAAUGAAAACAGGACGGAGGAUAUAGAGAGGUGGUUGAAGGAUAUUCACGAAGUGGUGGAUAAGGAUAUCGUGCAGGAUAACAACAACGAAAAGGAGGAUGACAUCAUCUCCUUGAGUGACUACCUCUCCGUGAUUAAUAAAGUUGUGAAAUACACGGAAAAUGCCAAAAGUGGGAGGGACUCCAAGGGGGAAAUAAUAAGUGGGAAGAGUGGCACAAAUGAAAAGAAGGAACAAAGCAACAAAAUAAAUAACGUGGAUUUGGAGGACGAGCAUAUGGCCACGUUGCGUAUCAAGAACUUUUGUAAACUUAUGGGUGUCAUUAGUCUAUUUGAGAAGUUGAAAAGUGUGCGUUGUGCUACUUCAACCGUUGCAAAAGAAAGUGAAAACGCAAACGCAAACGCUAAUGGCAGUGGCGCCACAGAUAAGCAGGACGGCCUCCAUGGCGAGGAGGCCAGAAGACACAAAGCCGAGGUGUUGGAGCAAAAUGGUGUAUGGACAUUGUUAGAAGAAAUUAUUCUGAACAGCGCAGAAUAUCUGAACAAAAUUAUCUGCUUGGACAAAGACAUGUUCCAAAAAAAAUGUGUAAAAAUAAAUUGCAACAAAUUGAAAAGGUACAUAAAUUACCUUAACCUAUUUUUUGAGGAAACCAACAAAUGCCAGUUGCUUUUCAGAAUUCUGCACUUGCAGUUGGAGAACUCAAAAUUUAUUACCUACGAGUUGGUCCUCCUCUUGCAAAAGCUUUAUAUAUAUGACAAUGUAAAUUUUUACUUGUACGUGCAUCAUAACAUUGCCUUUUCGAAUCAUGUCUCCUCUCCGUAUUAUUACAAUUUGUAUGGAUUGAGGUGCUUCCAAAUUUUGUUUCACGACAGACAUUCAAAUAUGAAUGGCGUGAAUUUGCAGGAACAGCAGAAGGUUGCCGAAAAAAUUUAUGAACGGUACAAGCGAGUCAUCCACAAUUUGAGAAGAAGGAGGUUUUUCUACCCUCAUUUGAUUAGUUACCCCUUUAAUUGCUCUGAGGAGAAAUUAUCAUAUAAAAAAAAAAAUGAAAAUUAUUACAUUAAUGACAAGGACGAAUUCUGUUCCAUCAAGAGUGGGAAAAUAUUCUCGUCUGCAUUAUUCCUCGAUGAGGAAGACGCAGAGAUAAGACGACUUUUAAAAAAGCUGCAUCAUGAACAGAGGUGGGACGAAUUUCAUGGACAGUAUGAUUCAUUCACUGACUACUCAGCUUCAUCUAAUGAACAAAGUAUAAGUGAUCAUGCACUACAGGGACAGACGGGUAGAAUGUUCAAGGAGAAGGGAGGAUGUCCCAAGUCGGAUGGGGCAGCUUCCUCACCACGCCUGCCAUCAUCUUGCAGUUCAGCUUUUCACGAGGUUACUAAACAACGGAAGAAAAACAACAGUAAUGAAAACCUACCGUCUCACUCGAGCACUGAUGAAGAUAAUCAAAAUGAAGAAAGUUCUGCAUAUUUCAGCUCCGACAUUUCGAAUGAGUUCAUAACGGUGAAUGAGGAGAUAGAGGAAGAGAAUAAAAAAAAAAAAAAAAAAAAAAAAAAAAUUCCAUUUUGUGAAGAAAAUGUAUGCCUAAUAAUGCACCGGGAAGGGAAGAUACAAAAUGUGAGAAACACAAUCGAUAAGUUAAUACUGAGCAAAAAUCACUUCCUUUCAAAAUUGUUGGCAAUUGUAGAUUCUAAUGAAGACGCCUAUCUUAUAAAUGAAGUUAUUCUCCUUCUCCUGUUGGUCUCCGAGUACAGCGCGGAAGUUAGAAAUAUCAUAACGUAUGAAAGAUUUAUUGAAACGGUGAUAAGAAUAAUUCAGGAUGAACACACGUACUUAUUUAAACCAAUUAGUGAUUUGUACUUUUUGUAUGAUGACGGUGACGUCGUGGUGCCAAGGAGGAAAACAAAAAUCUCUCCCCACCCUACUACAAAUAGGCGGAAUGACAAAAGAGAAGAAAUGAACCACACCCAAGUUGAUGCAAUGGACAUGAUAGCCUUCCAGACGGAGAAACCGCCAAAUGAGCAGAACAGUAUGGAGAUAUAUCUAGACAACAUUUCUAUAAACAUAGACCUAAAAAGCAGCUUACUCCUUCUUAAGUGUCUAAUAAUGAGCAGUGAAUUUGGGCUCAAGUACAUUUAUGAACUGAACAUAUUCGAUCAGUUCAUCAAGUUGGUUCUUAACAUGUAUAAUGUGAUAAUAUAUAUUUUUAAAAAUGACAUGAAGAAAUAUUUUUCAAAUUCAAUUUUUGUUCUUAAUAUAUUUCUAGACAUUUUGGCUAGCUCAUGCAAAGUUGAGGGUGUAAAUAGCUAUACAGGUUUGUCAUGUACAAAAUUUUUGCUCAUUUUACAGAAGGAGAGAUUUUUCGAAAGUUCUUUCUUUUUUUUUUUCAAAUUUAUGUGUAUAUAUAUGGAGAAAUAUGCUAAUGAUGGUAGGCGACCAGAUCAGCUAGGUCAUCGUCGGAAUGAAGAUUUCUCAAACUAUGACGCGGGUAGUGAUGCCCUUAUAGCUGUUGAUUUUAGUCGAGAUGGCAAUGCGCCCCUUCCAGGAGGAAGCAAUAGCGCUAGCCACAGUGCUACUGCAAAAGACAACAUAAGCCUCAGCGCGAGCAUCGUCUUCCCAAAUAGCGAGAGUGGCGGAGGUCACUCGGGUAGCACCCCGGUAGGUGCCAGUAUUGGAAGUAACUUCCCGGGGAGCAGUCAGACAGGGAAUGGACAAGGAGGAGGUUUCCAUUUCGGUAGCAGUAUGCAUAGCCAAAAUAAGCAAAUUAUGCAAACCUUCAAGAAUACCCACUUUGUUGGCAUCCUAAACAUGUGCUGUAAAUUUCUCCUCCAGGAUGAGAGCCUCUGUGUAAGGGUUUUGUUAACCUCCUUCGAUGUUGGUUCUGGUGGAGAGGAGUCAUCCCAGUUAAGGGAUGAACAGGACAAAGUAAAUUCUUUUGUGAACGCUUCCCUCAAGCAGACGAACUACUUCCACCUAGAACAAGUGCUCGCAUACUACAUGAAACAUUUGAAACAAAUUAAAUAUGCGGACCUGCUGUUGAUUAUGUUUCUGUACGAUCGGAAGAGGGUUUUCUGCAACACCAUUUAUGAGUUCUUUUAUUUUUUGGGGGGAAAACACGCACAAGUGGGCAAGUACUUAAUGGAGUCUCUCCUUUCCCGAGGGACGGUUUUCAACUACUGCGUGAUGCACACUGUACGACGAGUAUCGAAGCUGCUUCUCAAAAUGAAGGAGGCUUUUCAGAGGGGGGAAAAGAGAGGCGAUUUGUUAAUUUCAGAAGAUAAGGAAAUUCCUCAGAAGGAAAAAUUUUUCUUAAAAUAUAUGAAUCUUUCAAAUUUGCUACUCAAAGUUUGUAACUUAACGAGCAGCAAUAACCCUGAUGAGGCGUUAGCUCCUAUUGAUGAAUUUUUAAGCAUUGCAAAAAUUAACUUUGAACAGAUGAUGUACUACAGUGCACUGUUCACAGGCCAUUACAACGGAGUGUGGAAACAACAUAUUCAGAGAAAGAACGAAGACUUUAGCGAAAGUGUUUUAACGUUUAGAAUAAAUUCAAUUUUAUACAGAAAAAAUUUCAAAGGACAAAUGGACUCCGUUAAGUUUUUAAUUGCCAUUUUAAAUAACAAAUGGGGAUGCAAAAAAAACAGGUGUCUUAUAUGCGUAUAUAUAGCUAUCUACCUGUUCAAGUCGAAUGAAGAAAAGGAAAAAAGAAAAAUCGUAAAACUUCUUAUACAGAAUGAUCUCUUUAACAUUAUGUACAAUUGUUUAAAUCGUUUCUGUAAAUUCACAUUUGAUGAAAAAUAUUUUUUUUUUGUCUCUUUUGAAAAAUGCAAAAAUGCACAUGAAAAUAUAAAAAGCAUUUGCAAUAUGAAGAAGCAGAAAUAUUUUUUUAAUUACUCUAGGGAAAUAUCCAUUUUCUGCAUCCAUUAUGUUUAUUCCAAUUUUAUCCACCACUCCAUGUUAACCUACUUUUUUGAGCAAUCCAAAGGUUCUGCAUAUGGUAAGGACCCUCCACGUAGGAACAGAAGUGGGUACCUCAUAAAGAGGAGUCACUCCUCUGGGGACCCUGAAUGUAUGAUGAGCGAAUCAGAGGGUGAAAAAUCUUCCCAAGGAGAGCUGGACGGAGAAGUUUUCGAAUUCAGCAACGGGAACGAUGAUGACUACGAUAUGGAUGCUUCUCAGAGGAAGAAGUGUGAAGAUUAUUCGCUCGAUGAGGACAACCACAGUAAUGCCUCAAGUGAACAGCAACACACCAGGCAAGCGCGAAAAAAAAAUGAAGUACCCCUUUUUUACAGCAAAGGGGGGGAAAUGAAUGGAAAAAAUUAUGUGAAAAGUAAAGCAAAGAAGACAAAAGCAGGGGGAGUGACACGAGGAAGAAGAAGCAGCACUCAAGCGAUGGCACAAAUGAGUGAGGAUGUUAGCCAUCUCAGAGAAAAACUAAACGAACAAGAAGUUACACACUUGGAGGAAAAAAUAUAUCUAAAUAAAAUUAUCGAAAAGAAAAAUGACAUAAUAAAUAACAUGAUGUACGCCUACUCAAUGAUGAAGGAGAAGUGCGAGCAGGUAGAAUCAGAACUGGUCCAGGUCAGAAUCGAUUUAGGGUUAAAGGAGAAGGAGUGCCAAGUCGUUGCGGUCAACGAUAUGGACGACUUGAAAAUACAACACAUGCGUGUGUUACGUGAUUAUGAAAAGGUAGGUAGUGAAAAAAGGGAGUUAGAAACCAAAUUUGAGAAGCUUACCGACUUGUUAAUUUUCCUUUACGAAAAUGUGCCUGAUUGUCGGCAGUACAUGCAGAAUGUGGAGGAUGUAGACGUUUUUAAAAAUCCCAGAAUUGGUGAAAACAAAGGGGGAGACCUUCUUCAACCAAACUCUAAAAUGUGUAAGGUUGGACCUGACGAUCAUUUGAAUGCUGAGGUUAAGGUCACCGUAGACACCGUCGUACAUCCGAAUGAGCAGCUAAACAGGAGUGCAUACGAAAUAGCGAAUGACCAAGUGUGGGGAAUACACAACGGUUGUGCUUAUGCGAAUCUGUAUAAUCCCGUGCAGCAGAACUUCACCCCACAGGGGUACCAGAACAGCCCUUACGAGGACAACGCAUACACCAUCCCCCAGCAGGAGAUACACAAGGGCAACUCUUACAGUUACUCCAAUCAACAGAUAAAUCAAGGUAGCUCAAACAACUACCCCCCGCAGCAGAUGCAGCAGUCAGCGAACACGUAUGGCUACCCCCCUGAACCCGUAUAUCAGGUACACUCGUAUAGCGACCCGAACCCGCCGGCCGAGGGAAAUUCAAGCCAGCGGAUCUACAAUGAAGUGAACCCCCCAGUUAUGCAGCCUCCUUCCGGUAGGCAAUAUGAGCAGCAGUAUGGACAAGUAUACGAGCACGCCCCCCUGCAGAUGUACAACGAACUGUAUUACCAAACCAACCCGCACGUGUACCCCCAUUUGUACGUGGAAUCUACUGGACAAAACGCAAGCGCAUCGAACGCAGAACUGAACGUUCCUGCGUGUGACCGAGGGCCUAACGGCGAAGGGUCACAGGGGCAACCAAGUGAGCAAAACGGUUCAGCUGAAUUUGCGGGACAGUGA